AUGUCCAAGCCAGUUGUCCUCUGCCUUCACGGCCGCGGUGCCAAUGCAGAAAUCUUUGAAAUCCAGAGUAUGCCACUCGUUCGUCAUCUCGAGCGCCGCUUCGAAUGCCUGUUCGUCGACGCCCCCAACGAAUGCGACGCCGGCCCCAACAUCCUGCCGAUAUUCGAAGACGAGGCCCCCUUUUACUCCUGGCUCGGGAGUGGUUCCUCUCCCAAGAACGCUUCUCACUAUGAAGCCAUCGAGGAAAGCAUUCGCCUGCUAAACGACCUGGAGUCGUCCACGCCCAACAUCGUGGGCAUCCUGGGCUUCUCGCAAGGCGCGGCGGUGGGUCUCGGCCUCUUGCUCCGUGAUCAGCGCCGGCGCAUCAUGGGGCUGCCGUGUGUGGGCUACGAGUUUGGCGUCUUCGCGGGCGAGGUCCGUCUCCCGGUGCUUCUUGACUAUGUGGACUCGGGCGCAAGUACGCCGUCCAUCGACACCGAUUAUAGCCGACCGAUCCUCGGGUUAACAACGCCGACUCUGCAUGCGACAGGGCGGCUGGAUCAUCUGGCUGCCAAUGGCAGGAAACUCACCAAGUCGGAAAUUGGAACAAACGCAACAUUCUUGGCUUACGAAGGCGGCCAUGAGAUGCCCCGAAACGCAAAGGACACGCAAUUCGUCUCGCAGUGGAUAGAUGCAUUGAUGAAUAGGCGGAAGGGCACGCUAAAAUGA